AUGUUGACUUUUGGAUCAAAACUCUUGCUGCUGCUCCUCUUUGCUUUCCCCUGCGGCUUGAUUACCACGGGCAGAGUGUCCGCCAGCACCGAUUCCGCUGAGGAACUGGACCCGGAUGCAUCUGUCCACGAGGAGGAAGAAGAUGAUGAAGAGAUGGCGGUGGAAGAAGAUCAGAUCCAAAGUCCGGAAGGAGAGGACGACGACGACGACUCCGAAGGCGAUGAAAAAUUGUUAACGUCUCACGCGGAUGCCGACACCACCGUCGUCUUCACGACCGGAGAAGAGUUUCCCGCCAAUGAAAUUGUGAGGUUCCUGGUGGGUUUCACCAACAAGGGCGCUCAGGAUUUCACGGUCGAGUCCUUGGAGGCCUCUUUCCGUUACCCGCAGGACUUUCAGUUCUACAUUCAGAAUUUCACAGCUUUGCCUCUGAACACGUUGGUUCAUCCGGGUGCGCAGGCUUCCUUCGAAUACUCCUUCAUCCCAGCUCAGCCCAUGGCCGGCCGGCCGUUCGGUCUCGUUAUUCUCCUCAACUAUCAUGACGCCGAAGGCAACGUGUUUCAGGCUGCCAUUUACAAUCAGACCGUCACCAUCAUCGAAAAAGAAGAAGGGCUGGAUGGUGAAACAGUGUUUAUGUACAUAUUCCUUAGCGGGCUGGUGGUGCUGAUGCUCUUUGCAAUGUACCAAGUUCUGGAGUCACGGACGAAAAAGAGAAUCUCAAUCAAGUUAGAGAAGGGAACCGGCGGGAUGAGCGAUGUGGACAUCAGCUGGAUUCCUCAGGAGACUCUCAAUGCCAUGAAUAAGGCGUCCCCCAAAAGUUCGCCACGGAAACGAACCAAGCGGGCAGUCGGAGCGGAUCAAUAA